AUGGCGACAACACGAAAUUUAACGAGUCGUAAUCUCGUACUCAAUACGAUGGACGGUAUGAAAAAUUCGACAACGACACAAUCCGACGUGUUUUUCAACAUAAGCCUAAAACUCGCUUACGACGUCCUUAUGAAAUCCCGACAAUCGACGGAUUUUUUAUUUCCCGAAAUCGAAAUCACUUUAAUUUUUAUUUAUAUUGUUUUAAUGACUUCCGGUGUCGUAUCGAACGUUUUGGUUUGUUUUGUCGUCAUGAAACAGUGCGGUAGAAAAAAAAUGGAUUUUCAAAAAUCUCGAAAUUUAUACAUAGUUAAUCUCGCUGUCGCUGAUUUGACACUUUGUUGCGUUUGCACGCCAUUCACCCUCAUUACUCUCGUACAACGAAAAUGGAUUUUUGGAAAUUUACUUUGUAAAAUCAUUUCGAUCGUUCAAGAUACCAACAUAACAGUUUCAGCGGGAACAAUCACCGCCAUUGCAUUGGAUCGUUAUUUCACGAUCGUCAAAUCGAGGAGCUCAAAUAAUUUAAAUAAUAGAAAAUGUACGAGCGUCAUAUUAAUAAUCGUUUUAAUAUGGAUAUUUAGCUUCGCGUUGAGUUUCCCCCUUUAUUUUUACACGGCCACGGAAUCCUUUCCGCGGAAUCCUCUCAACAAAUUAAUAUUUUACGAUAAGUGCGUGGAAAAAUGGCCGUCGAAAAUAUUUCAUACGGCAUUUACAAUAACAUUAGCACUCGUUCAAUUCGUCAUACCCGUAACCGUACUCACGAUCAUACAUUUGAAAAUAUCAUCUUAUUUAAAAGUACACAUAAAACCUUUGAGAAAAUUAAAACCGGAAAUACACAUACAAUCACCCGUCGAACCCGUGAUCCAAGAUAAAAACUCGAUGGGUGACGAUGGGGUAAUGGAUAAAUCGAAAGAAGACGACGUGAAUUCAUCGAAAAAAGAAUUGCUGUUGAUAAAAAGAAGAGAAUCCGUCGGAUCUGAAAAUUCCAACAGGAGUUGCGAAAGUUCAUUAAAAUUAUCCGAUUGUUCUAGAAAAAAUUCGGAUUCUUCGAGAAACAGUUGCGAUUUGAGCCCAAGGAAAAAAUCUGAUUUUUUUCUAUCGUUUCGAGAAAAUUCGGAUUUCUACGGUUUUUCAUUUUCGAGAUUCAGUUACAAAUCAAAAUCUACGAAAAGCAAUAAGAGAAGAGAAAUACGUAGAAAUCGCAGAACAACUUUCAUACUUUCAUGCAUAGCUUUGGUCUAUGCCGUUAGUUGGCUUCCCAUGACUACGUUUCAAUUGGCUUCAGCCAUUUUACCACUAACCAACAAUAAAAAUGGCAACAGCAGCAGCAACAACAACAACAACAACAACAGCAGCUCGAUAGCAACGUAUCUUUUUUUCGCUUUUUGUCACAUUGUCGCGAUGUCUUCCGCCAUAACUAAUCCUUUACUAUACGGUUGGCUCAACACAAAUUUUCGAAGGGAAUUUUCAUCGAUAUUUUCCCGGAUAUCAAAUUGUUAUUCGAAAUUGAUCAAAACCGAAUAUGAUUCGAAUGAAAAAUCUAAAGCUCAAAACGAGGAUAAUAACAAAUCGAAAUUCGAUAGAAAUACAUCUUUUCUCGUACCUCCUACGGAUUCAUUUUGCAGAGAACAACACCAGUCUCCGGAACACAAAAUGACUUCAAAUUAUUCAAAUGGUAAAUUGAAUUCAUCUCUUCUUCGUUUGUCUCCACCGGUAAACAAUCCUAGAAUUUUCAGAGUUUGA